ACAGGUUGAAAAGCAAUAUGGCGAACACUUGUUGGAUGUGAAAUUGUGUAGUUCGCUCUAAAUUAAUUUUUUUUACUCGAUAAUUCAUUGAAAAAGUGCCUUUCUUUUGAUACAAUUAACUUUUAACAAUUAAUAAACAAUAAACCUUAUCGUAAAUGACAUUUUAACCGUGUAAUCGCCUCGAAAACGGCGAUCGAAAAUGUUUCGCAUUUUUCGUGUUAUUUGUUUAAAAUGAAGUUUUUUGUGUGGCUCGGGGUAUUGUAUGCGCAAGAGUUGUUGAUUCAUGCGCGACUCUCAAUCAAAUUAAGAGUGCCUUUUGUGUCUCCGUUUAUUCAAUAGUAUUUUUUAAUUAUUAUUUUUGAUAAAACAAAAAUCAAACUUAUUCCAAUAAGUGAUAAAGCAGUGAUUCUCGUUUGUGUUAUUUUAUACGGAAGAAGAAGAAAAAAAUAAAAUUGUGGGUGCACUGUGCUCAGUUCAAUAUCGAAUGGGCGACAAACAUCUUUACAGUCGAAUCGAAUGGGAGUCAACCAUUUGCAAUUUAUUUAACAAUAAAAAAAGUGUUUUUUUUAUUUUAAUGCAUUGAUGAAUAUUUUGAUUACGAAGCACUAAAAGUGAGAGCUCUACUGUUCUGUCCGUUUUGUGUGUGGAGAGUUUCAUUGAAAAAAUUAAUCGGAUAAAUAUCUUAACCACAUCAUACACAGAGAAGACUGUCCCGCAACCGUUCAACGUUUAUAUGGAUAACACAUCCCCAUUGGGACCGUCUGAGAGACAUUCUCAUGGCGGAUCCCAAGUGAAUGGUUCAGGCAUACGGCGUCCAACAACACUGAUGACACAAAAUGAUCGAAAACUGGUAUCGCCGCCACAAAAUUUAGUGCUUACCAUACACAAAGAUGCUGGUGGCUACGGCAUGAAGGUAUCGGGUGAUAAUCCAGUGUAUGUGGAAAGUGUAAAAGCAGGUGGCGCAUCUCAGAAAGCCGGUCUACAUGAGGGUGAUAUGAUAUUAAAGGUUAACGGAACCAAUGUUCGAUAUUCAACACACACAAAUGUCGUUCAAUUAAUAAAAUCUUCUGCAACAGUUGAGCUGACAGUUCAAAGGAAUUACAAAAUGCAGCAGAGACCUUCAUCGAUUUCCGUUGGACCUUCAACCCCAUUGGCACAACGUGGUGGCAUAACAGGACCGAAACCAGUUGACUCGGCGACCAGUCAUGACGUCAAAAUGACCAAAAUUCAAACUCUUCAUCUGUACUUGGAUAAAGAAAAGAAGAAUUUGGAAAAUUUAAAGUCGACAAAUGCAAAUCGUCAAGACAUAUUACGGGCUGAACACACAAUUCGCACGUUACAGGAGCAGUUGCAGUUGUUAUGCGUUGAGGGCUCGACAAUGCACAAUUUAUUUACACCAAUUCAAUCACCUCCAACAAUUCUACAUCCCCAACCAGCUCCUCCCUCAACUCCAGCAUUCCUUUCGCGUUUCCCCCGAUCAUUGUCGUCGUUAAGUUUAGGCGGUAAAAAGAAACCGACCGACAAAGAAAAUACCGUCACAACACCGUCAACAAACAUUCCACAUCAAACGCAACCAACUGCAUCACCAUACAGUAGCGGCGGUGAAACGAUAUCACCCACAAACUAUCCAGCUUCAACGCCGACGAAAAAAUCAAAAAUUAGUGCCAGUCAUAGAGAUUUAAAGAAUGCCGAUGUACCGCCACCGUUGCCUGAACGUAAUAUACCGAGGCCGAAACAAUCGUCCACCGACAGUAUGGACGGAGAUGUUGUGCUUCGUCGAAAUAUUCAAAUAUCCGAUUUGGAUCAUACAGUCAGUGGUAUGCAGUCGCCCAAUCAUGCGGCCAACAACAAUUGUCAGUCACCAUUAUCCAACAAAAGCUCUGCCUCUUCCUCAUCGGCAGGAAAAGGAAAGCAGCGCUCGAAACAAAAAAUGAAAGCUUUGUCUGAUCCGAAAAUGAGCUCGCAAAUGUUCAUUCAAAUGGAACAAGCUCAAGGGAAUCAACAGCAAUCGAAACAAAUGAAUGAUGAUGCGCCACCGCUUCCACCUCGACUACCCGGAAUGCUAGAGGAGAAACAAAAUCUCAUUAACAACAAUAAAUUUGGGAAGAAUAACUAUCCCGGUCGACCGCCGCCGAAUAGUCUGGAAACACAUUUAAGUUAUCCGUUGAUAGCGACUUGUACAGCUGUUCGCGAAGAUCUGUCUGCCUUUCCAUUGUCACAUCGACCGAACAUUGUACAGCAAUUACAACAGAGUACACACCAUCACCAUCUACAAUCACCAAAUUCUUCUGCUACUACUAUUGCUGCUACUAGCGUUAGUAAAUCUACUGCGCUUGGUUUAACUCCUCAACAAAUGAGUAAACUUAAUAGCUCACAACACCGACGAGUGGUUUCAUCUCCAGAACACUAUCAUCAACGUGAACCGUCUGAUCCAAUCGAUGACCGACGAUUAACUACGAGCGGUUCAUGGGACAUUGUGGAGCGUGACAAUGAAACCACUCCUGCAGAUGGUACACCGCCACCUCGAUAUAGUCCGACACCGAAUCCAUUAGACGAUUCGAUGACGGACAGUUUAUUCGAGUCAUCAUAUCCAGAUCUCAAUCGGCCGUCAAAUGUGAUCCAUCAGCGUCAGAUUAUAUCGAUGGAAGAUGAUGAAAUGACAGAAGAACAAGAUUCGAUCAACGAAGAUCACGGUCCAUUCCGGUCACUGCAUCAGCUAUUGGAACAAGAGAAUCUCGCCUAUUUAUCAGUAUUUUUAAAUUUUGUAUUGUCCAAUUCGAAUCCGUCGCCGUUACUUUUCUAUUUAAUAACCGGACUGUAUAAAGAUGGCACUAUGAAAGAUAUGCGAAAGUGGGCGUACGAAAUUCACUCUACAUUCCUGGUACCCAGAGCUCCAUUGUUAUGGUGCGGCGUUGAUGAGUCUGAAUCGUUAGCUAGAGAUGUUGAUAAUGUUUUACAAAAUGAACAUCAAAAGAUUGAAAUAUUAAGGUCAAUAUUCCGAAAGAGUCGACAAAGAGCUAAAGAACACAUCAAUCAGCAAAUCGAAGAAUUUAAGAUUAAGCGAAUUGCCGGUUUAGGAACAUUGUAUGGACCUAGUGAUCAUCAACUUAUGGAAUCCAAAGGUGACAAGGUGAAAGAACAAAAAGUUUUUGAGGAGACACUAGUGCCAAAACUCCAACAAUUGGUCGACGAAUUGGAGAAAGAAUCGCCGAAUGAAUGUCCAAAAAAAUCGGCUCUAUCAUCCGCUCUGUCAACCGUAUUGCAUCGAAUAUUCGUAACUCGUUCGAAUCCGGGCGGUCCAAUCGAUCGUGUGCACCAUUUCGUGAGUCGCGAGAAAAGUUUUAAAAGUCGUUUAAUGGGUAAAAAUCGGAAAGCAAUGGUCCGCGGUCACCAUUUAGUUUUACGGCAAUAUUACGAAGUGGCACACUGUAACCAUUGCCAGAAUAUCAUCUGGGGUGUUAGUCCGCAAGGCUAUCACUGUACGGAUUGUGAAUUGAAUAUACAUCGCGCGUGUUCGAAAGUAUUAGAAGAAAAUUGUCCGGGACCAGCGCCGAGCAAACAGAAAGGGCAGCACACCGACAAAAUGACCAAAUUCAUCGACAAGAUUCGGCCAACGCAUAUCUUCAACGAACGUCCACGUAGGCAAGAUGAAGAUGGUGUUAAUGAGGAAUUAGCAACCAGUGAUCGUCCUACAUCCACAUCAGUUGUUAGACAACCAUCUGAUCGACGGCCAGAUAUUAGCAACAGUUCAACUGCUCAAAGUUCAGUUGAUUUUACGCAUGCUCAUUCCGUCGAUACUGAUUCAAAUGCGCCGGACGCUGAACCAGCACAUCGCGAUAGUUCAAAGUCGAAAUCAGCACCAGUAUCAGUGAACCGUUCGGAAUCCUAUAAAGAAAGGUUAUCGCAUAGACGAAAUCGAAACAAUCGUCGGAAGACGUCCGAUCCCAGUUUAUCGAAAACAAAUGACGAGCAACAAGUAGACUUAGGUAUUAGCAAUGUCAAUUUCGCAAGUUCCAGUUCUAGUCUAUCGUCAAGUCCUAGUACAUCGUUGGAAGCUGUUGCUCCGACGGCUGGACAAGGCACAAUACCAGCACCACGACAGUGGGUAGACAGCGAUGAUGAAGCAGGUGACAAUAUCGCCGAUUGGAGUUCAAAUGUCGCUGCCGAUAUUUUGCAAACAUUGUCGGAUGGUGAAAAGAAACGUCAAGAAAUUAUUAACGAAAUCUAUCAAACGGAACGGAAUCACGUACGAACAUUACGGCUCCUGGAAGGUAUUUUCAUGCGUCCUCUCCAGGAGUCGGCUGCAUUGAACGCUGAACAUUUGAAUCUCUUAUUUCCACCUGCCCUACUCAUUCUCAAAGAUCAUCAUUCAUCGUUCGAACAGCAAUUGAAACAGCGUCGCAUUGAGCACGGUUCGCUAGUCGGUGAUAUCGGUGACUUACUACUUACGAUGUUCGAUGGUCGAUCGGGCGAAGAACUCAAAGAGCACGCUGCCCAUUUCUGUGCACGUCAACAAAUCGCACUGGAAGCACUGAAAGAAAAACGUCGCAAAGACGAAAACCUCCAAAGACUUUUGACCAAAGCCGAAUCACACAAGGCAUGUCGUCGUUUACAACUAAAAGACUUAUUACCAACGGCACUACAACGACUUACCAAGUAUCCGCUGUUGUUUGAGAGUUUAUAUAAAAUUACCGUUAGAGUUUCGCCGGACAAUGAUGCCGAGGCGAUAGCUGUGCGUAAAGCGUUAGACUCAUCGAAACGUAUAUUGGAUCAUGUUAAUCAGGCUGUGAGACAUGCUGAAGAUGCACACAAAUUGCAAACGAUUCAGAAGAAAUUAGACAAGGCAAACUACGAAAAGGAAGCCAGUAGCGAGUUUAAGAACGUUGACCUCACACAACACAAACUGUUACAUGACGGACCGCUGAUAAUGAAGAAAAAUCCGAGCGUGCAAUUACAUGGGCUGUUAUUCGAAAAUAUGAUGGUGCUACUCCAAAAACAGGAUGACAAAUACAUUCUUAAAUUCCACAACAAUCCUGGCGCUGGAGCGGCCGAAGGCAAAAGUAUCGAGGGGCGUUUCAAUCCAAUAUCAAAGAUCAAUUUGAUAUUGGUACGGCGAUCAGCAGUGGACACCAAUGCAUUUUUUCUCAUCAACACUAGUGUCACUCAGAUGUUGGAGUUGACCGCACCGAGUAGUUCAGAAUGCAAAACAUGGUUCAAACACAUUUCCGACGCAGCCGAAGCAUACAAAUCCAGAACUAAAGGAAAUCAUGACAUCAGCGAAGAUCCGAUACCCGCAACACUAUCCAAUUCUCCGACCAAAGAAUCAUUGGAAGGAACACCGGAGAAAGAAUUGUCACCUGCGAUCACACACAAUGAUCCAUCCAAUGUAUCCAAUAUCGAAAGUCAAAAGAACAUAUCCAAUGAUGCCAACGAACAGAAUAACAAUUCGGACGUCAAGGACGUCAACGACGAGAAACAAAUCGGUCGCGACACAGUGGAAGACGACGAGGAAGAGGUGAAAGUAAGACAUAGAAAAUACUCGUCAGGAACACGAAUUCUGACUCAGCAACAGUCUUUGAUUGAUCCGAGUGAAGUGCAAAUCAGUGUUAGCCCGGUGUUGACAGCUGAGCCCGUUUUAACGCCACAAGAACAAUUACGACGUCUCGACGAGACAAUUCGAUUCAAAUUGGCCGAAAAACAAAAAGUCAUAUGUGAUAUGUAUAGAGUACCAAAUGAGCAUUUCUCUGAAAUUGCUGAUAUUGCAGGUCAACCUGAAGCUCCCAAGGAACCUUCCGACAUUGUGUUGGCUGCAUUUGCACAAGUGCAAUCCCUCACCGAAACCCUAAACGAUCACAUGAAGGUGUCUUGUCGUCAAGAACUCUUAGCCAUCUCAAAACGAGUCUGCGACGACUGUCAUACUAGCGGUGUACAUCAAACACGACAUAGUCAUAAAAAUUCCUUAGUUCAAGUUCAAGUGGCAACAAAAGCAACCACAACGACGACACCCGUCGAAACCCCACAAGCUCCAACAUUACCAGCAAAUGCUCGUAACGGUGCGGCUGCCAUUGAGCGCAUGGACCCACUACAGGAUGAUGACGGAUAUUGUGAAAUUGAUGAAUUACGUUUGCCAACAACCAUAAACAAUGUGCCACAAAUAACACAAUCUACCGCCAACACAACAACACCUGAACUGAAAAGACAGAGCACAAUCAGUGCAGACAGCAUUCCCGAAGAAACCGAACACGAAAUCAAUGCUGAAUUGUUAGCAUCGUCUGUGUUGUGUGAUAGCGAAUUGGGCGACGUAACCGAGGUGAACGAUACAUAUGAUGGCACCGAGUGUGAUGAACAUGCUCUCGAUACGAUGGGUGAUAUACGAAUGCAAUUGCUAAAUUCUUGCAUGGAAUCGAUAAGUGGCGGUAAUCAAAUGAAUCCAGUUAAUUCCUUAGCUCCGGCUGUGCCAUGUCAUUUAUUGACACAAUUUGUUGCAACGCUGAACUCACAAUUGUCGCUGUUAUUGCCAAAAUUAAACGAACGUGACAUUGAACGAGAGAAAUUAAGAAAGGAAAACCAGCAUUUACGUGAACUUUUGAAUUCAAUGCACGAACGUGAGCGAGUUUCAAGCGAAAGGGAAACUCCCGAACGUGCAUCUGAUAUUAGAAAAUCAUCCAGUCAAGAAAGUACCAAUUAAAAAUGAAUAGAGAAAAAAAAUACCGAUAAACCCCAUAUUAUACACAGAAAUCGAGACCAACACAAUUCAUCAACUAAAUUGUUCCCAUGCGGUGUGAGAGAUGAAAAUAGUGAUUGAAAGUAGAGCCGAAAAAAAAGUAAGGAAAGAAAUUAUAAAAAAUUUAUUAACUUAAAACAUUGAUGAUGAUUAGGUCUCUUUCCGAAAAAUAAAAGUUAUAAAAAAAGAACAGAAAAAAAACAACAGAAAACUAAUAACACUGUGUCACCACUACAUUUUAGUCUAUAUAUUUAUGCAUAUUAUUAUUAUUAUGUUUAAUUAUACAAUUUCAUAAUUUAUAGGAUUAAGCAAAAUUCGAAAACAGAAAAUAAUAAAAAGAAAAAUCAAAUUGUUGAAAAAUGUUCAAUUGUUGUCGACAGUAUGAUGAUGAUGAUUGCAUUAGACUAAAAUAAUAAUCAGAGAAAAAACAAAUCGAGGAAAACAAAAAGAAAAAGAAAAAAAAUGAUCGGAUGUUUGUUUUUAUAUAUAAAAUUAACUUAGCCUAAUAUCGCUUUCCUCUCAUGGUAAGAACAAGUUAAAUUCUUCAGUAUGAAUGCAUGUGCAAGAUAUGAACGUAAACACUUUUUUUUAUAAAAAAAA